AGUGAGCGCUUCCUGUGGUCAGAGGUUAUCCUCGAAUUUGAAAACAUGGACCCUCAUAAAGGAGGAGAAGGUACCAACUUUCUGCUUUUAUCUUCUCAUUAGUCAUGUUCAUUCAUCCUACAUGACUUACACCAAUGUGCACUAGUGUUAGUCUGUUUUUACAGUGUCUGUGACGUUCAUUAGCUUCAUAAUUGAGUCACUAUGCGAAAAUAAACAGUCGUUGCUAUCUUUAGUAGCCUGUAUGUUAGCUUAUUUUGUCUCUGUGUUUUAAACCUUAUAUCACAAUUUUAAAUAUCCAGUCACCUGACACUUUAUGAAAAGCUUAGAUAAAGGAAAGGGUUCAACAUUGUUUGUUAUGAGCGGACGGUAAAUUCCUGGUGUUUCGGUGUAAACAGUGACCGUGUCAAGUGGCGACUGUCAGCCGCGUGCGUCAGUGGUUGUCGUGGUUACAACAGCUGUUGAAACUCUUUCCCUAAUGUCCUAAGUUCUUAAUUAAAUACGAACAUUCUAAUUAUAUUUUGACAGCAGAAUGAAGACAUAAUGUAGUAUGCAUUUGCCAGAUUACAACAGCUGCUGUGACAACGAUGGUCUCUCUCUACUGCAUUUCUGCGCAAACUCGACAUAUGUGAUAAUAGAUUGAGUUGGACUAAUGCUAGUGAUAUUUCCCACUCUUUUCAUGUCAUUUAUUGUUGUCUCAUUCUGAUUACCAGUCUCUUCUCCUGUUUUUUCCCACAGCAUCUGGCAGGAUGAGUGGUGAUGGGGACAUGGCAUCAGUCAUGGGGUUUUCUGGUUUUGGUAUGUACAGCCCUGGAGAAUUUUCUGCAUUAUAAAGUUACAACUUUAAAUGUAUUUGUUAAACGUAGCUGUCAUUGUUUUCUUUUUUAAAUUUUUUUUCUUUUUAAUUGAUUUCACAUAUCAAUAUUCCAUCAACAUUUUACAUAUAUUGAACAAAUUUCCAACUGUUUAUAAUAUUUCUCCACCGCGGAGCAGAGACAUAAUUAGACAUAAACUCCUUAAGUAAAGUUACAGUAGAAUAACUGUGUAGUAAAAUGAAACACUUUCCACUCCUUUUUUUCACACCUCUCUUGCAUUGUCUCACAAACAUAUGAACAAGCUUGUAGCCUGAACCAAGGGUAUCAAUAGUCUACAAUACACUAUGCCUUUACUGCGCAAAGUCUGCUCUCAAUUGAGACACAAAAUCAACCCAGGUUUUCCAGUAGUUUUUAAAAAUAUCUGUUUUUAGUCUAGAUGAGAAAGUCAGCUUCUCCAUUCUAUAUAUAUGGAUCAUUACCUCUACCCAAUCCUCUAUUUGUGGUGCUUCUGUUUUUAGCCGAUUUCUGGUGAUGGCCUUUUAAGCCGACACCAACAUUAUUCGAAAUAUGAGCUGUCAUUUUUUUUCCACAGGUAAGAAGGCACGCACAUUUGACCUAGAUGCCAUUUUUGAGCAGACUAGGCGGACAGCCAUUGAGAGGAGUCAGCGUGUGUUAGGUAUUCUUACAGACACUCCCUGGUGUUUACUAUUUAUUCCAUCUCGAUGUUUAUGACUGAGCUGUACUUAUUGUUUCUUUAGAGGAGCGUCACAUGGAGGAGGAAGGGGAGAGCUCCAAAUCAGCAAUGCCAUCAGCCCCCACUCAGAGAGACAAAUCCACAGCUGCUUCCUCAAGGUACCAUAAGACCCUCAGUUUGAUAGUUUUGGUUGAUACAGUUUUACAGUUUGAUCAGGCUUCUCUUUGUUUGAGAACAACAAGCAUGUGUGAAUUUGCUUUUAUUUGACAUGUAAUGUUUUCUCCUUUUAGAAAGCAGGAGAGCAGCAGUGACAGCAGCUCAGACUCAGAUGAGGACUCAGACUCAGAGCUCAUUGGGCCGCCACUGCCUCCUCAAUAUACAGCUGAAGGCGACAAUGAAGUUGUGAGAAAGCCAAGCGAAGUUGGCAGCACAGCUCACAGUGAUGAGGAAGAUGAUGAAGGGGAUGACGAAGACGAUGAUGUAAGUUAAAAGGUCCCAGAAGAUAAUUUUUUUUCUAAAAUACUCCUUUUCCAUGGCAGAAACUGUGACUUUUGAGAAGCAGCUGUGAUUGUUGACCUAAACAUCGAGGCUUUGUGUCUCAAUGCAAAGAUACACAAAACGAUUUUUUCUACACUCUGAGGUGCAGAUUUAAGCUUUUACCACUAGAUGGCAGCAGAAGAAAAUACAAGUAGUGGUUGUUAUGCUAAAAAAGAUCAGAGGACAGUAAUUUUGUUUGUUUAUUAAUAACUGAAGUGUUUUUUUCUGCUUUUUGAGCUACAUCCUCAUAGAAAUCCAAACUUCUCUAAAGUAUGAUGAUGCUUUGUUAUUACAGAUCAUUAUUUUUAGUUAUUCAUGUGGGGAGAUAAUUGCCUUAGGUUAUGAGUCAUAUUACCUAAAUCCUAACCAUCUACCUCCAGCAGUUUCCAGUCAUUUAUUUGCAGCUGACUGUGGUUUGAGGCUUUUAUUCAUGCUGUUCUUUUUUUUUUUUUUUUGAAGUUUCAAAUGUCUAACUCAAAUGUCACAUAUAAUUGAACUUUGGAAUGAAAUCCAACGCACCUGAUUGAGUCGUUUACUCUUUCCUCAAGUUCUGCUCAACUUUCUAUCCUAGAACCCGGUGAAGAAGAUUCCAGACACUCAUGAAAUCACUCUUCAGCAUGGCACCAAGACAGUAAGGACUUUUUCUUACAUGACUCAUCCAACUCCGUGGAAAUGCAGUCAAUUAAUUUUAUUUAUUUUGUUAGAGAAAGGAAGUUCUCAAGUCUUCAAACGUGGCUUUUAAUCAACACCAUAUUCUGUUUACAUUAUAAGCAUGGAAUAGAUUUUCAUUCACUUUAGCCUAAUGCUAAAUUCCAGCAAUAAGAUAGGUGCCUGAUGUAACUGCUGACCUAAACAUGAGCCCAAACUUUGAAAUACUUUGUCCAGAUCUUUUAUUUUGUUUUUAUAGAACCUUUUUUGUCUCCUCAGGUUUCAGCUCUCGGCUUAGAUCCCUCUGGAGCUCGUCUGGUGACCGGUGGGUAUGAUUACGACGUUCGUUUCUGGGAUUUCGCUGGAAUGGACCAGGCUCUGCAGGCAUUCCGGUCUCUUCAGCCUUGCGAGUGGUGAGUCCACUUCUGAGAACACAACGUGGAACUACAACGUAGUUGCUUAACAUGUGGCUAAUUGACUUCAUGCGGGAAAGCGGUGGACUUUUCCUAGAGCCGAAGUGUACACAGAUGCACAAACACACACACAUUUGCUGAGCAUCAUUGAGCGUGGAGUUAACUCUGUGACAUCCUCCUGUUUCAUUCACAAUGAGGCCUUCAGGAGCAGAUGGUGGAGAUACGUGGGUGUUUGUGCGUCUGUGCAUGUUUACUGUAUGUUUGACUGAGACCGUCAUCAAAGAUCAAAUUCUUUUCUGGUUGUGGAAACUUAGUGGGCUUUGCUGGAGCAGGCUCUCCCUUAUUAAGAGAAUUUUACGCUACAUUUAGUUUGAUUAAAAUGCGAUCUAGUUGGCUUACGAACAAGCUGGACUCUGUAAGGAGAGUCAUGCUAUUUGAGUCCACUGUUCCACUGUUACUCUCCCCCGACCCAAAAUAGAAACUUAUGAGCUCAGUCAAACUAAAACAAUGAGGAAAAUGAACAUUUGGUGGUAUGUAAUGAGUCUCUGAAGAUGCCAAAGCCCUCCCCCCUCCUCAGUUAAAGCACACUACUCUCCUGCAAGCCUCGCUUUCAUUUUAGCAAUAUAGAUUAUAUCCUUUUUACCCUUUAUAGAGAAAAUGUGGUGCCUGAAUCCAACCUUUGCUAUUUGAUGUUAACUAAAUUCACAAUGUAGCUUGUGUUUACUUGUUUGGAUAGUGAUCCUUUCAGAUAAAUCAAAAAUAUGCCCCUGAAGUUUGGACACCCUGUUAUUUUUGUCUGGCAAAUGUCAGCGAUUCUUCAAUGUGUUCAUGAUGUGUUAUGAUUCGUGUCACUCUUUCCAUUUCUUAGCUUCAUAACCCUGUUAUGCUCCACACGUGUCUGUUGCAUGUCAUGGAUCAAAGGAAUCAACCAUCAUAUGUACAUCAGAUGUUGUUUUGUUUUGUUCCUAUAGCUACACGUAUCUCUUGUUUGUUGUUUUGUCCCUGAACCCUUUCGAGGAUUAAACGCUUCUUGUGUAACUAUGGUUUGGUGCAGAUGUCUUGUACAAUCACAGCUCACAGAUGGCCUGUAAACAGGCACUAAGACACUUAUCAGAACUUGUCAGCUACACAGAAGUGUAACCUUAAAAAUAAGUUUUUUUUUGUCUUCCAUAUCCUCCUCAUGUGUGUCUGUGUGUGUGUCUGUGUUCUUUCAGCCACCAGAUCAAGACCCUGCAGUAUAGCAUCACUGGUGAUGUCAUUCUGGUAGUUUCUGGGAAUGCUCAGGCAAAGGUGUUGGACCGGGAUGGCUUCAAUGUCAUGGAGUGUGUGAAAGGAGACCAGUACAUCGUGGAUAUGGCCAACACGAAGGUAAAACACGUCUUCUAAAUACCCGUUUCAUUUGGGAGUGAUAAUAAUGCACCCACCAAGAUGAAAUGGUAAAGAGUUCAUCUUAUGAAUACAUGCUGUGCAGACUGAACACUGGAGGAAAGACAACAGAGUUAUGGGGUCAUUUUUGGCAAUAUGUGGAACUGAAAUGACUGUAGACGAUGUAAUGACCAUGAAUGUCCUAGGCUUUAUUAAUAUUAUUACUAUUAUUAUUGUUAUAAUUUCCUUUCUCUUUUGUUUAUCUCUUUAUGUCUGUGAACAGAUGUCACUUUUUAAUGUCUAGUUCAUCAGUGUACCAAAAUGCUGCCCUGUUUAAAGUUGUUCAAAACUGUGAAAAAUUGAUAAAAUUUAAAUUACGAAAAAAAAAAAAAAAAUGCGCCCACUAAGUAAUAACUGAGAUCUGGCUGCUGUUGAAAAAAAAGUCUGACUGAGAAGUAAACGCAAACAGUCAGCUUUUCAGACAAUUUCUAAAUAAAUAAACAAUUUUGCAAACUUUUCACCAUUUAAUUUAUAUUUUUGGGUAUUUUUAACUCACUUUUUUAAACCCACAUUUUAAGUCUCUACCAACUCCCAGGAGAAAUAUCUCACUAAAAAGCUGCUAAAUGCUCAGCAGUGUUCACCAACUAGCUUAAAAAUGUGUUUCAUUGCACUUAAGGCUUAAAUAGGCAGUAUGUUUAAUGCUGCGUUCGAGUUACCUCGGAGGUCAGAUAUUGGAGCUGAAAAUGACGUCACACCUGAGUUCCUAGCGUUUCAGUUACCAAGUCAGAAAAAAAACAAAAUCGGAGGCCUGAAACAAGAUGGCUACAUCUAUGAACGUUAUUUUAGCAUUUGUCUUAUACUAGGACAGGCAAGCGCUAAAAUAACUUUUGUAGAUAUAGCCAUCUUGUUUCAGCCUCCGGUUUUGUUUUUCCUGUUUUGAUAACUGAAAGGCUUGUAACUCAGGUGCGACGUCAUUUACAGCUCGGACUUCUGGCUUCCGAGGUUACUCGAACGCAGCAUUAGAGCAGCUAAACAAGGAGAUGUAACUCAUUUGAAAUCCCUGCAAAGCUCAGGAGAGCCACAGGUUCAAGAGAAAAUUUCACUAAUUCAAACUGCCUUUAGAUAUUAUUAUUUAAAGAUAUUGAUUACAUCCAUUUCAAAGAUGUUCAUGUACCACUUCAGCGUUGGCAGCGUGCCUAUGAAAGCCUGUUUAGUGUAAAUACUGGCUGGCUGCUCUUUAGCUUUGUUGGUAGAUCCUGCCAACAUUUAAUGGUAGCAAGGUGCCUCCCUGAGCUUGACUGUUGUUGUAUGUGAGGGUGAUGUUGAGCGCUGUGAGACCACCCUCAGGCACUCUUGGGAGAGAAACCUCACAUGCUUUCAGGAUAGCCGUGGUUCAUCUAUUUCUUGUUCCUGCGUUUACAAAGAAGAAUCCUAAUUAAGCGGCCAUGUUUGGGUUUUGCCGUGAUUAACAAAGCUGUAUUGGUGGUCACUAACCAUGUGUGCCAGCUGCAUUGUGUUUAGGCAUGGUUUAUACCACCAGUAUGAGCUACUUGAACAAGUGAAGGCCCGCUGAUUGUGCGUAGCAUGUCCUGCAUCGUUGUCCAGCUACUCGGUCCCAUCUGGAGCUGAUGGGGGACUUUGGUUCAAUGAAACUGCACUUUGGCCCGCUGACAACGUCCCAGUCGAUUAGCUGCGUCUCAUGUGAUAAUGAAGUCCUUGCUUCCUCCUCCGAUGACAGACAGUAGUUUGCCUCCUACUGUGCGCGCAGAGAUUCUCCACAGAGCGGUCUAAAUCUGCAUCCAAUUGGAUGCCAUGAUAUCUGAUGUUGUGGAAUAAUACUUGUUCUGUUUCAUCUAGGAUAUAAAAAACACAGCUCUGUUUUCAAUUUCCCAAAUUUUAAGACUUGGUUGCUUUGUCCAUUCAUAGCCCACAGAAAGAGAGGGGACAAAAAAACAGAGAACAGGACCAAAUUGUUGCUUUUGAGCAGUUCCAACUAGAUUUUUGAUUCAAAAAUUGCUUUUUCGAGCAAAUUCGAGCUCCUAGAUUAGUUUACCCUUAAACCCCAAAAAGCUAAAUCUAAUUCUUGAGAUGCCGCUGGUUUCUGUUAUUGGUGUUGUGUGUCUUGAAAAUUGCCCCAUUAAAGUGUCCUGUUCGUUUGUUUAUCAGUCUGUUUCUAUUUAGUUCCAGUUUGUUGUUUUAGAUCGUGGAGGAAGAGGAGUCAGGUUUGUUUAGGAAGGUAGCGUUUCCUGCACUCUCAUCAUGAAGCUCUUGGAAUGGAUGCUUCUGUUUAUUUGGAUGUUAGCGCGAUGAGCAGGGAAGCAGUCAUUCACAGCCCAUUUGAGCCGGAGCCUUGCCAUACUGUAAAGUAGUAGGUGUGUAUUUUACCAUAAAGAUUAACAACACAGCAAUUUAAAAGUGCACCUUUUGAGCCGUUAAACAGCAUAAGUGAGAAGUUCCCUUUUAUUGAUUCAUAAAGUGGUACGUUUAAAGUUUUUGACAGUGAGCAGACUGGCCUCUUUCUCUGAUACACACAUACCAAUGUUCUUUGGUCAACUUAUGCAAGGCUCUGCUUCUUGGAGCAUCCUGUCAAAUAGUGGUAUGUCAUGUCUGAAACCUCUUUGCCGAAGUGUUCCUCACUGACCUGGCAGCAGAGGAGGCCUCUCUCUGGGAUAUUCCACUUUGAAGUCAUUUGUUAUGAGUAAUUCUCCACAGGACUACCCCAGCAGAGGAAAUGUCUCAAAGUUACUCUCACUGCGAGGAGUUGUCCGUUUGAAGCUGUGUCACAGCCUGCUGCACUACCUCAUAGUUCACUGGCUCAGUUAAAGCGUAUGUCGUGGAGGGCUGAAAGUCAAGGUUACAAUAAGAGCAAAUCAAAGACCGAAAUGGUCUUUUCCUCAAGGAAGCCUCUCUUUAAAGAAUAAUUGCUGCCUCCUGGGAACUUUUGUUUGCUCUGUAGAUGUUAAAGUCCUUGUUGAUACAGGUUUUAUAGCUGUCAUGCACUUCAAACAGCACAACUCAAAAGCUGCCCAAAAAGUAGUAGAACUAUUAAAAUGAUUAACCUGUGAUCUUUGUGCGUCACUUUGGUUAAAGAUCUAACUGUAAAGGACAACAGUUGUCUUUGUACAUGAUUAUUCUCCGCGUGCAAGAUCGAUCCGCAUAAAUUCACUUUCAUUGCUUAGGAAUUUUCUGGUUUGUUUUGAACAACUUAGCUGAUCUAGUAUCUUAAAAUUUCUAAUAAGAUAUAAGAUAUUUAUUUAUAAUCAGAUAAUACCUGAGUAACCAGUGUCUUGUAAAAAAAAAAAAGUCCUGCUUGCUAAAUAUGAUAAAUCUGAUCUUUCCAGGGCCACACAGCCAUGCUGAACAGCGGCUGCUGGCAUCCCAAGAUUAAAGAGGAAUUCAUGACCUGCUCCAACGAUGGGUGAGUUUGAUGCAGCUUUUGUGAGGCUUGAGUUGUGUGCAAAAUCUGUCACUAGCUGUCUAUGUCUUUGCAGCUGCAGUGAUGUUUACAGAUUAAAGCUACUACAAAGGACCAUCAGUUGUUGUUUAUUUUUGUGACUGAUGUGGACAAAGCGGUAUCUCUCAUCUCUUUGCUGAACUUUUCUGUUAAACUAGAUGGCGUUUUCGUUCAGUAGCUGCAUUGACUGACAUCUAUUGGUGGCACCAACAACAGGCGGCACUAAGAAUGACUGUGUAAUAAUCCAGCUAUUGAUGUUUUGUUUAUUUGUUGAUUUGUUUGUUUGGAACCCCGUUAGCUUCCACAAAGUGGUUGCUAAUCUACAAUUACAUUUUAACAAUUCAUUAAUAGUAAGUACAAUUACAGAUUCAAUUUAUGAUUCUUCACAACAUUAAAAUCACUCCGAAAUCGAUGCUUUUUUAAGUUCAUUUAUACAUACAGUUUUGUUUUAAAAUAACAUCUACUGCCUAUUUGCUGUGUCCUCCGAGGCAAUUGAUUCCACAUUUCUUAAGAUCCAAAUAACACUGUUCUCCUCAUACAAUUGGACUUUGAGAAUGGAACAAUUAAAUGACCAGAGCUAACCUGCUGAGGUUUCAUUGUUGCAGGAGACAUCAGUAUUAGUUUCUCUCUGUUUCAUAACCAGUUAGAAAACCCUCACAGGAGCUUUAAAUCCAAAAAUUAUAGUAUUAUUCAUUAAACUUGUGAGAGAUGAAACCUCUACCAAAGCUUUCACAACAUGCAAAGGAAUAUCAAUUAUUUGAUCGGCCAGAAUUAGAACUGGCAGGAUAAACCUGUUAGAGUUCAUCCUGUAAUAAUUAUUUAUAACUAUAACCUGCUGUGUUUGUUUACGGUUUCCAACUGUGAAUUUGCUCCUUUUGUUUUAUGAUCGCAUGGGAUUUUCCAGGGUGUAAACGUGUUGAUAAACACACAAGCACCCACAUCUAGAAACUACAAAGAAAACCCUCACUGCGAGCCUCUGAAAUAGUGUAAUUUAAAGAGAUAACUUGUGUUUGUCACGUUUGAGACUUUUUAGCUUUCAUGACCGCUGCCACCAGCAGGGAGUCCUCUAGCCCAGAUUUUGCCUCUGGAUAGAGUAGCUUGUCCUCACAGCUGUGCAUUGACACAUGGCACAUUUCGUACUGGAUGCAAUCCAAAGGCAGCCCCUUUAUUUGCAUGCAGUGAUUUGGAGCAGAGCAACACUGCUGGAGACAAAAACACAACACACAAUAACACACAAAAUAUUUCUGUUCUGGAAAGAAAAGCUCAGACACUCCUCAGCAUCCUCCAAAGCUGAACUUUCCUGUAUUAGUGCAGAAGAUGUGACACUUUGCCCUUUUGAGAGGUGUGAGUGAACACUUGUAAGUGAAAAUGUGCGACUGAGCGAGACCACAGUGAUGAGUCUAAGUGAGUGUGACAGGCAGCAGCGCAGAAACCCCGAGCUAUCAUCAUUAAGUGGAAACAAGGGCCUCGCUCUGUGGGCAGGCCGCAGCCCAGUGUUUACCAGUGUUCCUGCUCCCCCAGAUGUGGGGGCCGGUUUAUUUAGCUCUUACUGAGGCUCUGGAAAUCCUCCCCUGGCACGUUAGCACUGGGUGUUGCCCCUGGCCUGCUCACAGGAGAACAGCGGAGGAGAGGAGUGCAGAGGGAACCAUUCACAAGCUGACGAGCUGCAUGUGAGGGUCCCCGAGGGAAGUACAGCAACCUGAGUGGAUGAAAGAGGCUGUGACAAAGAGUGGAAAAACAGGGAGGGACCACCUGUGAGGAUUUGCUGGUGAAAGACUCUGCACCCAGCGCUGUGUUUGAUUUCUAAUGGUGCACUUUACAUUGCAUUCGUUGUUUGUAGUGCUAAACAUUUUCUAGAGUCUCAGCCCCACAGUGCAAGCAGCCUCUCGGGUGCAAACUGCUGCAAAAGAUAUCUUCAGUUCUUUGGUCCCUUUUUAUAAUAAGAAAUAUAGUUAAGUGUUUUAGCAGGCUCUUUUCACCGUGGUAAAUGUGAACCUAUAAAUUUAAUUUCUAAACUAAAGGUAACCAGACUGAUUUACUCUGAUAUGUGUGGGCUCUCUGGAUUCUCUUCUACAGAUCCAAAGCCUCCCAUUUGGAACUGACUCUGGAACAAUUUAUGAGCCUUUUGCAAUCUCUUCAAAAAACAACACAAAAGGCUGAAACUUUAAUCUUCUUCAGUGACCACAGCCGCUUUAAUUGUCUAAAUUGCUCAUUGUAUUUCAUGCAAUAUGAGUCUUUGUGGGAGUUUUUUGAUGUGUGGUCGAUGCCUCCAUCUCACUGCUACAGUUAUUCAUGCUGCUUCUUUCACUUCGGUGCCGUCUUUUGAGCAACUUCGGCUGCCUCUAGGGGACUGAUUGUAGUCAGUGGGCCUCCUGCAUCAGCAGUUGUCCCAUAGUACCAGUGGGUGUACUUCUUUCUUUAACCAAAACACCCUUUUUUUCCUCCUUUUUCACCCUCACAGCCUAGUUAGAGACUCUUUGUCAUGUUUGUUUGAAUAGCUUAUUAAGUAUGAUCACUGGACCGCCCAGCUCCUUCAUUCAAGGUCCCGCUCUAGCCAUGUGGAAUCUCAUUCAUAAGACCAGCCGUCCAGCUUCUUGAAUGAUUUCAUUUACCCAGACCUUUUCCCCCAGGUGGAAGUGUAGUAGAAGGAAGUACCGCUGACUGAGGCACAAUAACACAGCAGCAGGGCAGUUGGUAGGGGUUGUCCUCACACACUGAUGGUUGAAUGGAGCUUGAGCAGAAAUGUGUGACUCAAGUCUGUCUGUGAAAAGCAUUUUAGCCUGGACUGGUGUGAUAGUGUCGACGUUUCUCACUCCUCUGUCAUUCUGUUUGAGUGUCGUCUGUUUGUAAAACUGUUUAGCAACUUUGUUCAGGGCCAAAUCUGUAUUUAAGCACAGAGCCACUUAAAUUAAAUCCCCGCUGAAGGACUGAACACCUGUUUGGAAAAAUGCAGAUGUAUUCCUUGGAAAGAAAAGGCAAGUUGUGAAGGGUCUACUCCCAGCGGAAGAUUUUCUCUGGCAGGAUUAACUUGAAUUAAUCUAAAAAUAUGGCUGGGAGUUUGUUGAGCUGCACCCUGUCCUACUGGACAAAAUAUUAAACAUUAGUUUCUGAAAAUUCUCGACUAAGUUCUGCUCAAAGCGAACAAACUGCAGUGUCGAAAUGUUGAGCCGUAACCGUGUGUAAAGCUUUGCGUUAAAGCAGCUUCAGGGACAUGACAUCACGGAUUCUCAGCUUUUACUUUGUCAUUUUAUAUUCCCUCUGGAGAACGAUAAAAAAAUCAUGUUAUGCUCUUUUUGUGACUGAAAUUUCAGCCAGCAGAGCAGAGGAUAGGACGAACGGCGACUUUUUAAUCAGGAACACAUGUUACUUGUGUCGAAUCUCGGGGCACACAAGCACAUGUGUACAUCCACAAACACACACACAUACACACACACACACAAAUUGAGGAAUGCUUCCAGGAGGUUUGAAUGCCAGGGAUUCCCUUUGUGCUGGCCUGAUGUCAGUGCUGCAGCUGGAUUUGGAUGCGUGGCUGUAAGGAAGGAGACCCUUAGGACAACAUGGCAGGUCUUUUUACUGCACAGGAAAAACAUUGUGUCUUUGUCAAAUUAGGGUUUUCUUUUUUUUAUCAUGAAGCGGGUCCACAAAAAUAGAAGGUCACACAAAGUAGAUUCAUGACUCACUGCUUUGACAAACCCUGGGAUUCAGUCAUUUUGUACUUUCAUAGGAACAGGCAGCUACUUCAGUCCUUCAGUCCGAGUUUUCUUUGCACAAGUAAAUGUUGAUAUCGACUUUCGUGCCCUAAAAAGUAGGUCAUUAUUUUUUCACAAAGGAAAUUGUCCGCUUGACUUGGUUUGUGACAGAACUGCCUCUGUCAGAACAGACCUAUUUAAUGUGGACAUGUUGGGGCGAUUCACACAGGUUCACCCACAGUCCAGCUUGUCUCUAACUCUUUUUAAGCCUUAUACUGCAAGUGUUCCAUAUCCCGCUCAACAAGGCACAUACCACGUCUCUACAGAGCCUAUUCAUCUUUCUGCUCGAUUCACAGACGUGGCUGAAUGUUUGACUGUCAGGACCUUCUGUUUCUUUACUGUGUAACUUCAGUGUUUAUUUUUUUUCUUAUUGAAGUAAAUAUGUGACCACCUGUUUUUGUGAAGCCACCUUAUCAACCAGAUUUCCUGAUUAGGACUUGUCCUGAUUACCUUUACCUUGAGCCAAGCUUUUUGGUCUCUAUUCUGCUCUGUUUAAGACCUGUAGGCUGUACAUCACAGACAUUUUCGUUAUAGGAUUUGCGCUUAUGGCUGUAUGUAUAAUGUUUUGCUGGGUAGAGCAUGGAGCAAAGGUUAUUGUCUUCCAUAGUAGGACUGUAUCUGUGCGAUUGCCAUUAUAACAUCUUAAAGGAUGUUUUUACUACACAAAGUAGGAAUCAGGGGUGGGAGAAAAAAUCGAUUUACAUAAGUAUCGCAAUUUUUUGUUUUACAAUUUUUAAACCGAUUUUUUUGUUGAAAUUAUUAUUAUUUUUUUUUCAAAUUUAAGAAUAAAUCUUGAAAUCUGACUUGCAUGUGAUGUGUACUUUUUGGGGAAAUAUGGUUCCUGGAAUAGUCAGUAGACAAUCAUAAUCAUUCAACUGUUUCGCCGAUGUUAAAAAUGCAGACUAAAAAUCGAGAAGAUUCACAAUAUCGUAGAAUCGCAAUUUAACUCGAAUCGGCAUCCAAAAAUUCGUAGAAGAAUCGAAUCAGGAGCAUAUUGUCCCAGCCCUCGUAGGAAUAGUAAUGUUGAUAAUCGAGACAAACAAUAAAUAGAAAAUGCAGAGAAACUCAGCUCAACAGGGAAGCCACCUUAUUUAUUUAUUAUUCAUUAUUAUUUAUUAUUUAUUCAUUAUUUAUCAGAGCAAAAACUUUGGCUGUUAGCAUUCACAGUUGCAGCCCACCAGGACAAAGUCAGGAAAUUUUCAAGAGUAGUGUCGUGUUUGAAAGGGGCCUAUCUCAUGUCCCUUUUUACACAUGAGCAUCUGACAGUAUCUGGACAGUCAUGGAAGGGCAUUCAGGUCCCGAGUUCUCUGCUGGUUGGAGCAUGCUCAAAAAAAAGAGUUAUUGUUGUAAUAUAAUAACUGCAAUAUUGGCUGUGUGAGGGCCUGAUGCUGAUAUGAUGCAGCUAACAUCUAGCUGUAAUAGUUACUGUGUCUUGGUUAACAUUAUUUCGACAUUACAAAUGUAACUAGAAAUGUAAUUAAGUGGAACAGUUUGGAGUUUCAAACAGCAGAGCGAAUGAAGUCAUCAACCCACCCACUCACAGUGAAUGUUCCACACUACCUUACUCAACUGCCACAUUCACACAUGGACUCAACUUCUUCUUUCCACUUUUGAGGGGGCUGGAAGGAAAAUUCUACUUAGAGUUGACAUAACUCACUCAUCUAUUCAUUUAUACAUGUGUCCUGGACAAAGUCGGAACAUGUCAGGAGUGCUGUAAAAGGGGCUUCACUGUAUCUAUAUGAUAUCUUUACUUAAAUUGAGAGUCUUCCCCUCUGAAUCUGUUGCUCUCACAACAGGGACCCCAGUUAUUUAAUCGACCUAAAUUGCUCUUGGGCGUAAAAACCUGCCCUCAUUACUGAAAUUUGACCAAUAAGCCAUCUUACUUGGUAUCUCCUCCUUUCUCCCCUCUUAUCUCAUUAUCUUGGAAAGCAGCCUGAGCAGCCAUCACCCCCACCAGGCACAAACCGAUGCAUGAUAAAAUCUGGGGUCUGGACAGUUAUCACUCUGCAGGUGAAGUGUGAACAGCUUUCCUCCCUCGUAAAGUGCAACACGCAUGACUAAAGAUGUAUGGGUCUCAUUUUUGUGCAUUCUCCUCGCUGUCUUUGAAGCACUUGUGCAGGAGAAGGAGGCUGCUGAUUGAAGUGAAAACAAGGAUGCAGAGAAGAGCGGGCAGUCAUGUUUUUAGUACCUUCUUUUUCAUGCAUGAUAAUAUUUUGACAUCUUCGAUUCUCUGAUCGCUAUAACUUUCCUAAAACAACCCCCUCUUAGAAGAAUAUAAAGUCUGAGACUGCUCCAGAUGUGUCCAGCUGGAGUGGAGAAUCGAUGUCUUGUAUUACUUCUUUUGAUCUUCCUUGGCUCAGGAGGUUUAACAUUUUAAUUAAAAGUUCCUGAAGAGUUCUCCUUUUCCUCUUUUGCCCUGCGUCUCGCCCCUGACAGAUGAAGGUGUGCAGUCGUUUUCAUGCGCUCAUGUUUGGCUCAACACCGGUGGGCUCCAGCCUCUCUGCCAUGUUUUGGAAAGAGCCCUCAGGAUAAAUAGAGUUCCUGGUCUUGUGUGCUAUGUGAAAGGUUAUGUUAUCUUUAUUGGCUUGACAAACGCCAUCGGUCUUCUGUAAACACAAUAUAGAUGUCUGCGCGAGGCAGCGUUUGAACAAAUUUGACAUCAGGUCCACAGCUAUCCCUCUCUCUUUCACUCUCACACAAACACAUGUAUAUCUCCUCAUAUAAACACGCACUACACAACGCAGUAGCUCUUCAGGUUGCACUGGGCUGACCUCCAUAUGCAUCUCUUUUUCCAGCAAGAGAUAUUUGAUUUAUGAACCGCUUUGGUUCAAGCAGAUUUAAACGCAACAAUGCAUCAAGCAGAGUUUUAUUUGACCCUUGCAAGUCCUCACUCAAACCAUAUGUCUUCAGCUGGCAUUUGUAGCACAUUGUUAGCCUUAUCCAAACACAGCUAAGAGUGUCUGUCUGUGACUUUGUAGCCGGCCACAGAGGAAUCCUUCCCUGACUCUGAGUAGCAGCUCUGACUACAUGUUUAUACUCCUCUGCUGACCUCGUGACCCAGAGGUCGAGAUGCUCACUAAAGCAAGCAGCAGGUCAUGGACACAUUUGGACACACUCUGUCUGGCAUUAGCGUGUCUGUGUGGGUGUGUAAGAGGUACGCUCAACAUGUUUGUGUGAAGAAAGGAAGUUCAGUAGAUAAAUGUGAGGUGAAGUUAAAGAGGGAACCAUCAGUUCAUCCUCUUUGUCGUCACUUUCUUUAUAAGAGUCCAAGACUGUGCAUUUUUUAAUCAGCUGUUUGAAUAAAAGUUGAAAUUAGACUUGGAAAUGUUCUGAACAGGGAGUCAUACCAAUGGGGUCAAAGGUGAAACGUUCCACCUUGUUUCAAGUUAAACUAAUCAGUGUUCUCAGACCAUCAUCAAUGUUGCCCUACUUUGAAAUUCAAAAGAAGCUUUUAACUCCGUAAUUAAAUGUUUUUCCUCAUGGCUUUAUUUAAGCAACUGUCUUCUUUCACUUUGUUUCAACAGACGACUGAGUCACAAGUUUGAAAAUUCUGUUCAUGUUAGGGAUGCAAUGAUGUAUCGUCUGAACAUCGCUACAGACAUUAGCUCAUCAGGUUAUGAUGCCCCACGCACCAACGUCAGUAGCUGAUGUUUAUCUGUUGUGUCCCAUCAAUUUGAUGUUGGCAAUUUAACCCAACUGCUGAUUCAGCAAAGGUUUUAUUUUAACCAGGCAGAAGAAAAGUGGUGGACAAACUGAUUUGUUUUUAUGAUCAAAUGUGGAUGAAAAUGUUUCAGUGUGGGACAAGCAGCAACCUCUUAGGGAAGUCAAUGUAGGAUUGUAGCUCUUAAAGGGUCAACUUGAGGUUAGCUACAAAAGCUAAGGAGUCCUCAGUAUGUUUCACGUUAAAAUGUGCAUUUAUACAGCAAAAUUAACACUGUAUAAGGAAAUGGAGACACUUUUAAAGGAUUUUAAAUAAAAAGUUUAUAGUAUCUCAAUGUAUGUGGUAUAAAAACCACAUACAUUGAGAUGGCAGAAAAAUGUGGGUUGGUUAAAUACAAAUGUACAUAAUCAGGGACACCACAGAGUCGACUCAGCACCACUUUUUCCCUCCGUCUGGGUUAAUCAAAAGCUAGAGUGAAUCAGCAUUUUCAAUAUGGUGUUCAUUCAGCCUCAAAAUGUAACUCCAGAAAUCAAUGAGUGCACAGAGACUGCAUUUUUUACAGUCUAUAAUAUAGAAGUAUGACACCAUCUAUGAGGAAGAGCAGCAACAUUCAUUUUGUCAGAAAUGUUUUAGAGACAUUUUAAGAGAAGAGGCUCUAAAACUCAGGUUCUAGAAUUGUCUGUUGGCUAAAUUGUUGUUAUAAACAUUGAUUUUGAUAAGUGCUCUGAGUUUCAUAAUUUGUGCAAAUCUAGUGAAAGGGUCUUUCUUACUUAAUCUUGUAAAUAGCUUUUAAUUCCUUGAUUAAUGGAAGACUAUCACUUCAUUUUACAGUGUUUAUGUGUGUUACUUGGUGGCUGGAUCGAUACAUUGACAUCCAUAUUUAUCUUUUUGAUUUUAUCCAUGGCUGUCUGCAUUUCUCUUACAUAUUGGAAAUAAACCUCUAUUUGCAUAUAAACUGUAUAAAAAAAUUCUCCCCUCUCAGAGUUCCUGGUUGCAUUAGAAAAUUUAAUAAAACUUGAGACAUGUCUCUCAUGUCUGCCAUGUUUGUUCACGCCAAAGGUUAGGGCUCUUUCUAUCUUAAUAUGGUUCUAAUUUACUACUGUGAUAGCUUGUGUUGGUGACUAAAUAUGUUUUUAGGAAAAGAUGUUUUGUGACUGAGUCAUGGCCUUAAUAUGAUGUGUAAUUCUGUCUGUCCACAGCACUGUGCGCACAUGGGAUCUGCAGUCUGAGAAGAAACACAAGUCUGUGUUCAAACCGCGCUCCUUCCAGGGGAAGAAGGUCAUCCCCACGUGCUGCACAUACAGUCGUGAUGGGAAGCUCAUAGCAGCCGGCUGCCAGGAUGGCACCAUCCAGAUCUGGGACAGAAACCUCAGCGUGAGUCUUAAAUCGCACACAUACCAACCAUAACACUGCGCAGCGGGUUGUAAACAUGGGAUGUCUGUUUUGUUAUGGCCACGUCUGCGGAGUCAUGAGCCCCGGGGUCAUACGGUCACAGGGCAGAGAGGUCAGAGUUCAAAAAUUCAGAAACACUGACCAGAAUUUGACGCUCCUCUCUUUCAAAUACAUUUGUCCAAACUGAGGUGAUGACUCUAUGAUCACUCGGUACAUGCCAGUUAGCUUGAGCCAAAGUUUCAUUGGAGUUCUGCAGAAAGAGACUGAAGCCAUUUAUAGGCUCUGGAAGGCUUCACUCAGGGAUAGCAGUGCUCUGGACUAACUGCUAACAUCAGGGUCCACCAUACUAUGAUACAAUAGCAAUGCUAACGUCAUCAAAUGGUUCAAGCUUGCAUUUCACAUGAAGUGUUGCCAUAAUAAUGCAUUGUAUUGUCCCUGUAGGGAGAUUUGUCUUAGGUUCUUGUGUUGCGUGUGUUUAGAUGCCUAUUUUGUAAUAUUAAUAAAUAAAAAAUAACAAAAAACUGUUUACAUGAAGCUCAUGGAGCACAAAGUGACAAGCAAAACCAACCCCAAAAAAGAUAAGAACACCAUGGACCUACUUCACAGUCCCUACAGCCUCAAGAAACCUGAUUUAAAACACAUGCGGUUACAUCUCUAUUUUGGUUUACAGGCUGCUGUGGAAGCAAAUCAUCAAUCACAGUUAGCCAUGCCCUUGAGCGUACCCAUCUCUAUUGUCUGUGUUUCUCUAAAUGGGACCACACUUUUCAAAAGAAACAUAAAUCUGCUUUGAAGAAAACAUCAGAUUAGCGAUUGAGAAUGUGAACUGUCAGAGGAAUUACUGAGCGAGGUAAAUCAAGUAAGAGUCCGAAUAGUUUUCUUUAGUCAUUCCAUAUUUUCCCACUCAGUCUUACACCAAGUUGAGUGGACCCCUGCUGGUUGUUAGAGGUGUCCACAGCGGGACAUGUUGGUUCAGCUAAUGCUGACAGGACCGCCAUGAGCUUUCCAAGUAUUUGCAUGUAAAUUCUAAUUUUACAGUGGCGCUACAUGGCACGGCAUCAAAGUGAUCAGAAAGUUGUUGGAAUACCACACCGAGGACAAGGUGGUGAUCUGUCCUUUAGAAGGACAAUGCAGACCGAGAGCCCCCCCUCCUCCCUCCAAGCGCUGCUCAAAAUAGCUCAUUAUGUAACAUUACGAAUUAAACGAUGUGUGAUGACGGAGGAGAGUUACCUGAAAGUUAUCGAGAGGCCAAAGUCCGAUCACCCUCUUUACAUUUUCCACUAUUAGUUAAUUAGGUAAUCAGGUGAUGAAAGUGUUUACUCCAUUUUUUAAGAUUCACAUUGCUGAGGUAAUUGUUGAUUUUGGCAGCUCAGAGGCAUCGCUCUACUUGCUCUUGCGCACUCUUACUCGGCUGUCUUCGUUUGAGGUAUUUGACAAAUUGUCGCUGUGGAUAGAAACUGCUUCCAUUCAGUGUCUGGAGAAUUCAUCUCCUCCAUCUUGCAUCCAGCGCCUGUCUCUCCUCUUGCUGUCAUAAUAAUAAGGCAUUACUCGCUGUGCGUUUUCUUUUAGUCAGCAACACUGCGAGUCUGGCAGCUUUCUCUGCACUUGCUCGCUCACACACAUCGCAAAACAGAUGGGAAGAGGGAAAAAAGGAAGGUGAGAGGUGCAGCUUUUGAGAGCAGCAGCGCUCAUAAUUCAGUUCUUGGAGAGAGGACCUAUGUCAGGCAUUAUUCCAGUUUGGUUUCAUCUUACUUUGAGUUGAACUCUUGCAAACAUACCUUCAAAAGUUUCUUUUUUAAACCGUUACAAUAUGCUCAGAUCACACAUUUGGCAGUCCCAAAACAUUAGACACUUGCAUUUUAAAAUCUGUAAUAAAACUGAUGAAGGGCUGCACACUUAUGUUGUUCAAGUGUAGGGGUGGGAGAAAGAACCGAUACAACAUGGUAUUGCGAUAUUUUGUCUGGUGAUAUAUCUUAUCGUCUCAUUUACCAAGUAUCGAUUUUUUUCAAAUUAAUUGUUAAUAUGAAGUCGAAUCUAUGAUCAUGGAAAAAUAAAAUCAACUGUUUGGUCAGUGAAGUUGGCAGAGGUGACAUGAUGGAGCAGGAGAAAGAGUGUGCAAUAAAUAUAUCAGCACCUGGGGAGGGACGUUAGGAAAGCAAGCAGGACACAAAGAGAUGGACGUGACACAUAAGAUUUGCAAGAUGUGCUACAUGAAAAUACAAUACAGUGUAAAUAAGACAACAGUUGAAAAACAGUUGAAAAUUUGUAUAAAUUGCAAUAUAUUGUAUCGCAAUACUCACUGUUUUGCAAAAUGUAAAAAAUCGCAAUAAUAUCGUAUCGUGGCUCAAGUACCGUGAUAGUAUCGUAUCGUGGCGUCACUGGUAAGUACUACCCCUAUUCAAGUGUUCCCACUCCAUGACUUGCAAGUUGUUUUUCUGCCCUCAAUGUUUUGCAGUAUUUCUACUCUAUUUACUUCGUCCCACUUUUCAUCUGUCCAACUCCAUGUGUGGACAAGGUUGAACGCUUCUGUUAUUUCAUACGGUGGCUGUAACGGUGGCAAUCAAGCUGUAGUUAGUGAGUUGGAACAGCUUGAUUGGUCUAAGGGGCUUAUCCAGAUUACUCAAAUAGGAAUUAGGCUAUAGGAUAAUCACUACACGACCAACUUUGUAAACACAGACAAAAAAAUGUACUGUAAAUAGAUGGAGGUUUUGUUUUCUUUGUUUAGACGUUUUGCAUUGUCAGAGCCUUUCGAACAGAGUCCAUCUCUUCCACUCGGCCGUCAUCGUCCCUUGCACCUCACAGAGCAGCAGGCUUGAAGUGAUUAGGUUAAAGCUCUUGAAAUUUAUUACCCCCUCUUUCACCAAACUAAAUAUUUACCCUGCAUCACAUAGCAGCUUACAAUAGUCAUGUCUGUUGCCUGACCACUGGAGCCUGUCCUGUCUGACUGGCUCAAGAAUUUUGUCAGUGCCCUCUGCCCUAAUCAUCAACCUGUGCUGCUGACUCGAGUCCAGCCAUGAGCCUAAAAAGGAGUCGACCCACCGAUGCUUUUAUUGCUUCUCCCUCCCCUGUUUAAAGGAGGCCUUUAUCUCCCGUUGUAUUGCCUCUAUUACUCAUGGCCAGAAUAUGCAAGCUGAUCAAUCAUGAUCAAUCACGUAUAUGACCUUGAUCUGGAGCUCAGCCUGAAGAGAAGCUAUUGAGGUUGACACAUAGCGCUCUUGAACCCUGACACGAGCUGAUUGAUCCUACGCUGGGAGUCAAGGGGGUCUCCUCCAAUGGACUGUCGUAGAGAGUGAUUGCACGCUCCUUCUCUGACCAGAGAGGUUGGUGCCAGAGUUACAAGGCUCCUUUUAAAUAGCUGCCAGGUAGUUUGCACUCUGUGAGAGUUUGUGCACUAGGGAGUUCAGGUCUUUGCUCAAAAACAUGACCACAGAGACCCGGGGAAUGUUAUGAUGUCAUUGGUGGACGUAGAUGUUUCCAGACAUCAAAGUGAGACCCUAAAACAGGUGAUUGUUUUCAUAAAGCCCACUGUUUGGGAUUGUUAUCAUGAGAUGAUGAAACUGGCAAACUUCCUCUUGGUUUCUGCAUCUGCUGGUGGUGCUACUCAAAAGCUUUUAUUCAUCUGUAAUUCUUUAUGAUUCUUGUAUUCAGACAAUCUCGCUCUUUGAAAAUGGCUGAAGAUUCAUACAAGCCCAGAAGGACCCUUAACACAAUGGUAGUCUGCACAGUAUCACCAUAAAGUAGUCCCUUGGUGGGCCGUAAAAGAUGAAGCUGUGGAAGUUAAGAACAGACAAUCAAAGACGAACUUCUUAAACUCCAAUAAAACUGUUGACUGAACCUUCAAUGAUUUUACUACCUGUUAGAGUUUCUACUCAGCCCUCUUAAUGGACAGGUCAUCAUACAAGUGUUUGACAUGCUACCAAAUAAACCACAGUCGGGCUACCUGACCACUGUCGUCUUAAUAUAACUUUCAAUAUAGUGCUUUUUUUUAUUAUUGAGGCUGCCUCCGAAAAAGUUUGCAGUUUAAAUUAAAAGUGAAAAAGAUCCCAAACUUACAUAUGAUUUUUCAAAUUCUCUCUGGCCACAUUAAAGUGCAACAGCUCAGAAGGAUUUUCAUUUCAGAAACAAAUACCAAAAAGACCCCUCAGUGUCCUCCUAACACAUGAACAAUAGACUUCCUGAAUAAAAUUGUCAACAACACAGUCUUAAAUCAGAAUCAGAAUUACUUUAUUGAUCCCAAACUUGGAAAUUAAAAGGAAAUAACAGAAAUUAUUAAAAAUCAGCAUAAUUAUUUUAAAGGUAAUUUGCAGGCUCGGGAAGAGGGGGCUGUGAGUCGAGCUGCAGCUAUAGACGCUUAGCCUGUGUUUUAGUCAAAGUAAUCCUAACAAAUGGACAACAAAUAAGAAUAGAGUAAGUAAUUAUGUAAAUACACUUGAUACACCACUUAAAACACUGUUUUCAAUGUACACAUUUAGACUUUGAAUGGUGGCAGCUCAGCUCACAGUCCCCAGUUGUUUAUCCCGUUUUAUAAUUUUUUUUUGAAAUAGUGACAAAGAGCUGUUUGGUUGAGACAUGCAUCUCUUGAGGUACUUAUGCAAUAGUUUGGUGAAGGCCUACUUUUUAUCACAUUAAUGCACAGACUUAGAGAAAACACACAGACUCCUACUUUUUCCACUUUGCAGCCUUACAAAAGCGAAAUGUGGCUGCUUUGAUGAGACGCUCUGUCAGAUUAUGUGGACUGGCUUCGGUGUACUCCUCUCACACACACGCACACGGCUUCACCAUCACCACUUGUUGAUUUCCAUGAAAGAUCAGAGCAGCUGUUAAGCACUGUGGUUUGGCUACUCGAUCCUCAGAAAGUAACCGCGGUCAGAGUGAGAUGUUACACCAGACUUCAUAGAGGCAUCAGUACGUCUUUCAGGUGUGUGGUUGUAAAAGUAUGGCGGCAGGGGGGGAAGGCAGAGCCUGGCAGUAUUUCUACAGUGAUAGUCAGAUCGCGUGGUUAGGAACAGUUGGCGCUGCGGUAGAUUGUUAUCAUAGUCUACUGAGGAUGAAACCCUAUCCUGUGUUCCUUCAGCUAUUUAUCAACUCCUGCUGCUAAUGGAUGUAUAAGUGUGCAUAUGGAAGUGUACAAAUGCAGGCACUUUUCCAAAAUCCUAUAGAGAUGGCAUACUUAUUUCUAUUUACACCCUUAAAAGAUUGCUGAAUAAGACAGUUGCAGUUUAGCCGGACGCUCGCUCAGGCCGGAGAGAAGGGCACAGGUUACAGAGGAUGUCACAAGGCAAGAGUGAAGUUACAAACAACAUAUGAGAAUCCAGUUUCACAAACCGGCUGUGUAGAUUAUCACAGGAAGCAAACACCAUGGCAUCUACCAAUGCCAGCCAACAUCAGGAUAGUAAAUAAACACUCAAGCUCUCUCAACCGCAGUAAAUGAUCUAGAAAUAGCUGGCAUAGAUGUAUGUUUGCAAUACGCGGCUAAAAUAACCACCGGCUACCUAUAAAAGGAACUACUUUUCUGACUGUUAAAGAUAAUUACUCAUGUUUGAAUGAGAUUGAUUGUUUCCUGCUUUGUAAUUAUAAGGCUUGAGUCUUUUUUACCUGACCCAUUUAUCGUCCUCAUCUCUGUUUACCUUUCUAUAAUUUCUCCCAGAGUUGGACAAGAGUUGUCUUUCCUCUUUGCACCUGUUAGGGAUAAGCAAACCUCUUUUGGGUAUGAAAAUGAACACGCAGAAACAUUUCUUUUCCGUGCUUAUUAAAGACAGUAAAACACAAACAAUGCAACAGUAAAGGGGGUAAAACACAGCAUGUGCCAGCAGCAGAUGGUGUUAAUUUUAGAAAGAAAGACGUCACAUGUGGAACGAUUCAUCACAAGCCGAACAAGAUCUCAUAACUGCUUUCCCAAGCUGACCUGAGAAAACCUGUGGCCAAGUGAGAGACAAUAAUUAGAUGGUUGUGAUUUAGAAAAACAUAAAAAUCCAAUCUCCACAAUCUUAUUUGGAGUUACAGAGCGGAUUUCACCACACUCCUCUCAUGUACAUUUACAGUAUUUUCACAUUUUUAAGGGUGAUGUGUCUUCCUCUGCAGCUCUGUGUGUCUCACGCAGCGCCGUUAUUCCCCCCGCAAAGUUCAGAAACUGACAAGAACUAUCCCUGGGAUAAACCUCCCUGGGAUUUUUACAACGUGCUGCAACUAACAGUUUACAAAACAAGACAACUGUGAAAAACUAGCUUAUGAACAGACCCCUUUCUUGACCAAACACAACAGAUCUAUGUUUGUUACACAGUUACACAUGAGUACAUUCAAUGCACACAUAACGGCUAAUGCGCAGCUGUGUUGACAGCUCUAUUGAAAUGGGGCCUCUGAAUUCCUUUCUUUUAGUUGUUUUGUUUAAAUAAAAUAGUCAAUUCUCAAAGCUUAGUCAUCCUUAAGUUGGAGUUUUAUGUGUUUGACUGCGUUUAAGCAUCACAUAUGAAACUUUGGGUGCCGUCCAGUGGUUCACAGAUAACCUGUGGCCAAGCUGUAAUAUAUGAAAAUGUAGUUAAAUUAAAUGGACUUCAUGGCUUUCUUAUUUCUCAUGUCAAUUUUUAGGCAGCACCUCAAAAGAACAGACAGAUAAAAUAAAGAUAAAAAACGAGGUGAAUGGAUUAAAGUCAAAGGUAGUAAAAGAGGAAAAUGACGAUGGAAAGCAGAAAUUUACCCCCGCAGAGACUAAAGCGGCUAAUCGGCCAAGAGCUGAGGAAGUGGAAUCCAUGUUAUCUACAGUUCAAGGUAACAGUGUUAUCUGUCUCGUCCAAGUUAAUAACUUCCCUCCAUUCACUUUUGAGGUCAAUGGUGGCCUCAUUUCCUUUUAGAACUAUAAGGACACAUCAGUCAUUCACCUCGUGCUCUGCUUUAUCCAGACCUGUGCUUCUUUUUUCUCGCCAGUGUUUCUCUAUCUUAUCUGUCCUCCACACUCUGUGCUCACUUCAAAUUCCUUAUCCGGCUCUCCGAGUCAAAAGGUGCGAUUGCAGCAAUUCUCUUUUCACUGAUUUAUUUGCAUUCCGUUGAGAAUUAAUGAAAACGUAGCUGUAUAAACCGAGGUUAUGUUUGUUUGAGUGUUAGCAUGCCAACUGCUCAGACGGUUGCUUCACCGUUUUCUUUUAAUGAUCGAUCGCGGUAACCUGGCUGAGCUCAGGCACUGAGAGAUUUAUGCGGGGGAAGCAGAGACUCAAUGUGGACUACAAAGCAUCGCAUUAAGUCCAGAAAGACUUUGAUUAUAGAUCUCAAAUCAAUUAACAACAAUAUCAAUAACUAGGGGUGGGAAAAAAAUCAAUACAGCAUAGAAUCCCGAUAUUUUGUCUGGUGAUAAAUUGUAUCGUCUCAUUUACCAAGUAUCUAUUUUUCAAAUUAAUUGUUUAUAUGAAGUCAAAUCUAUGAUAAUGGAAAAAUAAAAUCAACUGUUUGUCCAGUGAGGUUGGCAGAGGUGACAUGAUAGAGCAGGAGAAAGUUAGUGCAACAAAUAUAUAUAUAAAAGGUUUGCAAGAUGUGCUACAUGAAAAUAAAAUACUGUGUAAAUAAGACAAACAUAAAGGAAAGACAAAUGAUAAAUUAGCUCAAUAGUUAAAAAACUGCAUAGAUCGCAAUAUAUGGUAUCGCAAUACUUACUGUAUUGCAAAAUGUUAAAAAUCGCAAUAAUAUCGGAUCGUGGUCUAAGUACCGUGAUAAUAUCGUAUCCAGGGGCUACUGGUGAUUUUCACCCCUAUAAAUAACUGAUGCUAAUUUUGAUGUGAAGUUUAAAUACUUGAUUUAAUGUGUCUGGACUUUGGAUGCCACCAAAACCCAGUCUUAGAUAACUACAGGACCUCAGUUAAGGGGCCUACAAGUUUGGUUCUGUUGGCGUCUUCAGGUUGGGACCUCAAGAAGACAGUGGGUUAGUUUGGAACUCCAUGCAAAGCAGUUCAUCCUCCAGAUGAGGAGUUUUUUUUACCACAUGAGAAGGAAUGCAAGUAUCUCUGCUGCAGUGUCAGCAGUAGUGUCAGGCAGUGAUACAGGCACAGUCGUGGUAAGAGGGGAGCUGAGGGAGGCAAGGCUUCAGAUUAUAUUCUAACCUUCACCUUUUGGGUAGUGAGUGAAAGAAUGAGGUAGAGGCUACAAGCUGCAAAAAUUAGUGCUCUGCAAAAGAUGGCAGGGUUUAGCCUUAGAGAUAAGGCCAAGAGCAUCUGACUGGAUCUGGAGAAGCAGAAGGAAAUAGCUGGAUGUAGAAGAGUUAUAAGGUCCAGAUAAAGGGCAAGCAAUACAGAAAAUACAAAUGCAGAAUUAGACUAAAUAAUUUAAAAUACAUCAUCACAAUAUAUGAGGUGGAUGCUACAGGGAGGCAACUUUUUCACUGUCUCCAGAGCUGAGAUUGAGCAACAAGCUGGAAUUAAAACUUAUAAAAAAAGUUACUUUAAGUUGCAUUUUUAAAUGUUAAGUUUGUAUCAGGAGCUUAUUGUUGAAUUUGAAAGUCAUUGUAUUGGUUUAAAGGUUCUCCACCUUUUUGUCCAUAUUUAUAGCGUGCUUUCAGAAAGCUUUUCUUUUCACUGUUCCUUUGUGUGUACGUGUGAGAAAGAUAGAGAAGGGGGAGUUGUAGAGUUGGGUUAUUUCCAGCCCAGAGCUGCAGACCUUGGCGCACACACACACUCUGUACAACAGUAGUACACCACUUGCUUUGAGUUAGCAAAGAGAAAGUACAUUGAGUGGCAGGCCAUCUUGGAAACAGCUGUUUAAAAGAGAAUCUUAAAUGCUUCUGUUUGCAGCACAGGGAUCUAUCUGCAGUGGCUGGGAUUAAUUAGGAGUUCUCUGGGUGAAUUUUAUGGUAAUUUCUCAUGGUUUUCAAAAUAUCCCCUUAUAGCCAUCAAUGUUUCUCCUCCUCCAACAGUUCAAACCAACUUCUUACACCACAGACUACAAAGAUGAGAUUCCAUUCGCUUUCCUCUCACCUCAAUGCGGUGACCUUUGACAGAAAUGCCACUCAGCCUUCUUGGUUUUCAGAGGAACAUGUUAAUCAUCACAGCCAAACUGAGUAAGGUCACAUUCUCAUAUACAGCAACAUGCCAGAGAAAUAGUUACGAGGGCAGAAUUAUACACAUGAUUGGACUGGAGAGGAGUUUGUUCUCAACUUUAUUUAAACCCCACAACACUGCUUGCUGUUUUCUUUUACGAUCCAAAACCCAAAGUAGAAACCUUAUCACUCAGAAGAGAAGACAAUGACAAACAACAAAGCUGGAGAAAACAGAGGGAGGGAGGGUUUGAUGUUUUUUGUAAUCGAUCUGCUUCCAGAAAAAAUCAUGACGCAAAAAGAAGUCCAUCUGGAUGAAUUAUUGUUUCGUUGUAAGUCUCCAAAUGCAGCAGUGGAUUUGUAAAUAUAUCAAAUAAAACUUACUGUGUUGAUCUUGAAACAAAAAAGUGCAAUCAAACUGAUCGACUACCACUGGUCGAGGCCUGUCCUUGAUGGCAGUCAUACUGGAGUCACUGGUGUGUCAUUUGUGAAAGUUUAAGCUUGUAGCCCUGUAUUACUCCCAUCUCACUGAUCUAAUUUUUCCUGCAUCUGCUGCCAAUCAAAGCCAGCAUUCGUUUUCUGCUCCUGGUAUUAAUUUGUAAAGCCCAACAUGAUCUAGCACCUUUGCAAAAGGAGAUCCCUCAAGUCUGACCGGGGUCUACUUGUUGUACGUUAUGCUGAAGUAAAAAAAAAAAAAAGGCGAUCAUGGCUGUGACACUGUACACUUAGGCUCUCUAGGAGAACUGUGGAGUGUUGGCAGCAACAAACACUUCAGGUGCUCAGGUGGAGAGAAGAACAGACUUCCCAACUGUGCAACUCCAACAGAAAUGCUGAGAUUCUGAAUGUAGAUAAUAUCACCAGUAAUAACCAUGAGCUUAAGAAGCACUUGCCAUUAAACAUAAUUUUUGCAGUCAACUAAAAGCAACACAUCAUGGCCUGAUCUGAAGAAAUUCAAGAACAGAUGAGAAACUAAGUAGUUGAUAUCUAUCAAUAUGGACAGGGCUACAAAAUGGUUUCUAAGGCUUUGGAACUCCAGCAAACCACUUUGAGAUUCAUUAUCCACACAUGGCGAAAACAUGGAACAGUGGUGAACCUUCCCAUUUAUUGAUAAGACAGCUGGAGAGGGACAGGAAGUGUGGGGAAGACAUGCAGCAAAAGGGUCCCAACCAGGGGUCAAAGCAGUGACCACUGCAAAGAUUACUACAACCUCCACACAUGGGGCGGGCGCUCAAACUGCUGAGUCUACGACUGACCCUACACUAACACUACUGCCAAGACUCACAUCACCAAAUAGGCUUCCAGUUUAUCUUUUGUUUUAUUUCUAUGUCUUUGCUGUUAAUAAAAAAACAAAACAAAACUAAAAAAAACUUAAUUUAAACACCUCACCAUGACACCUUAGAGCCACUGCUGUCUCCUAACCUUUUGCACAUGUGCUGUAAGAAGCCAAAUUUUCCUGAUAUUGUUUUAGUGUGGUUCAAAGUUUGAUAAAAAAUGGUUGUUGCAACUGGCUGACACUUCUGUCAUAAUACUUGUUUAAGUAAGAUAAUGUUAAGGAGUCAAAAGGGCCAUAAUAGCCCGGGGCUCAGAGAAAAGACCGUCUGAUGUAGGUUAGUGUCUGGUAGUCUGUUCCCUGUAGGAAUGUCAUAAUACUACUUAAGGUAAGGGCAAGGGAAAAAUCAGAAUACUAUCUGCCACACAGGCAGCUCGGCCUGCCAAGGUAAAUCUCUGUGGUCUGGAGUCGCGCUGAGGAGUGAAGUGGGUACAGUGCGUAAAGCUGGUGACAUUUCAUAAGUUGUGGUGGGCUUCAAAGUGGAAUAUAUUUUAUGGUGUUCACGGAGGAAAUCGAAACCGUGUGUUGUUUUGAAAGCACUGAAUGAAAAGGUCCUUUUGUAGCUGCUGUGCGCACCUGAAACCUUCAACGCUGAAGAAAACGGUUGUUAGGAGAAAACCAUGAUGAAUAUGAUUUAAAAAUAUAGAUUAUUGUGCAAUAUUGGGGCAGAAAAUAGAUCGUCAGAGCACUGCUUGUUUAGAGCUUUUUGUAAUCAUUGAUCAGCUACAACUUUACUCUUUAAACAGGUGAAUAUCAGGUUGUUGUCUCUAAGAGGUUCUGAGCAUUGUUACACAUCACUACUAAAGAGUGAGACACUGUCUGUUCAAGUCUUUUGCUUUAUACAUUGUUUUUACUUUUACUUCUUAGGUUCACACAAAGUUUCACUGCAAGCAAGCACAUGCUGUGGGAUCAGACACCUCCUGCCUUGCCUUUUCCUAUGACAGCAUGACCCUCGCUUCCCGUGGAGGUAAGAAAAACAGCUCAGCUGCUUCAUCCAUCCAUCCUCCUGCUGUGAGAAUAUCAAACUCUCUAGGGAAAGUAAAUGGCUGUUACACUGAGAUUACUUUUUGUAUUUAACCGUAGGAGAUUUAUCCGUUGUGUCCUUUGUUUUUUCUAGGUGACGACACCCUGAAGACGUGGGAUAUUCGUAAUUUCAGGAAGCCUGUAAAUGUAGCCACUGGCCUUACCAACUAUUUUACAAUGUAAGAGAAGUACUGUUAUUUAAAUUGUACUCUGGCUUAGUUCUGUAAAUCAACUGUGAAUCCUAAUGAUACUGUAUGUCUGUAAUUUUCUCUGUUAGGACUGAUUGCUGCUUCAGUCCAGAUGACAAGCUCCUUGUAACGGGGACGUCAGUAAGGAAAGAAGAGGGGAAAGGAAAGUUGGUUUUCUUCGACCGAGCUUCCUUUCAGAGGGUUUACGAAAUAGAAGUCACCGACGCUGUAAGUCCUGCCUCGCUCUCCACAACCACAACAGCUUUUUCUGCAAGAUGUUUUUCAGCUGGAUGAUAUGCUAUGAAAGCUACAAACCAAAACGAUGCACAGUGGAAAAGGGGAAAAAAAAGGGAGUCCACCAUGAAACAAUAAAAACGUAAUAAAAACAAUAUGCAUUUCCUUCACGCUCUAAGUUGAUUGGCCACAAACUAAACUGCAGCCUUUUAAUGUUUGUAUUUGGUUAAGACAGCAGCAGUUUAAAGCCUCAUUAUGACAGCUGAACAGAGACUCAUUUAGAGUUCCACUUAACCCAACAGAGGAUUAUUUCCAUGGAUGAGAACUUAAGUCCAUUUAUUUGAGCGUGUAUUUAUUAAAGCUGAUGGACUUUGAACUUUGAACAGUAAGCUAGAUUUAAAAAAAGAUCCAGCUGUAAAUAUGUCAAAGAGGGUGUUUGGGAGAGAGGAAUACAUCUCUGCCAGCAGCUAUCUUGCUAGUUUUGGCGAGUGGUGAGGUUACAGUUGUGUGAUUUACGCACAAAUUAUGCUCAGGUUGUUAGGGACAUAGGCAGUUAAACUAUUUGAUUGUAUUAAAAUGAACAGACGGGAUAUUUUCCUAUCCUGGCAGUGCAUUUCAUCAACUGAUGGUUAUCUGUAUUUUCAUGUUUUUUUCAACAAAUAUAACAAAAAAAUCCCAAGUGUCAGCAGUAUUAAUGAUUAAUUCCACGCUCGGUUUUGGUAGAUUCACAGCUGCAUGUAACGCUCCAGCCAACCGUAAAUCUUCCUCCUCCUGCUAGUUCACAGUCACCUUUGAAGCUGAAGUUACGUGUUUCCUCUCAUUCUAUUAAAAUCAUCAGAGGAGCGUUUUCCUGUUGCCUUUGUCGAGCAAACUUCACAGCCUUAGAGAAACAAGGUUUUCUCUAGGCCACUGUAUUAAUUAGUAAAUGUGACGUGUGUAGCAUUUGGGUGAAAAUGAAAAUUAAGGUGCUCCACUGCACGGUGUAAAUGUUUGUUGGCAUGUUAAAGACAAGGGACAACUGUCAUGUUUCCUUUUGCACCAUGCAAAACUAACACAAAAAAAAAAAAGCAAUGCAUAUCCUGAAAUAUGACUUUUGCAUGACCAUCAUUGGGGGUAAGCAACAGGGUUAUCUUUAGGCACACUCGCUUUGCAAACUUGAGCAAUGGAAGUGUGCCUGAAGACAACCCCCCUGGCUUCCUCACAAAAGAGUUUUGUCUAUGUAUUCAAAUAUCCCAGUCGUCUUGCAUUGACUUGAUCUUUUUCCCUUCAAAACUGUCAAUCUGGAGCUAAUUGUUGUAUAUCAGCAGAAUCCAACACUGUACAAUGGUUCCCCAUCAUUACCCAUCUGAAAAAUUAACGGUAGCCCUGUUUUUGAUGGAAGACUGAAGCUGAGAGAAAGUGGAGUAAUUUGACCUUUCCUUUCUCUUGAGUGCUUCCCACAAAGCUUUGGCAGGGCAUCUUUUGACGCUUUUAUAUGUUCUGCCUUUUACUUACUUCUAAAUUAAAUUAGCAGCAUGUUCCAUUCUCAUGCAGGAACCGCGCUGUCAACCACGUUCAAAUGCAGUACAUUAUAGUAAUCCUGCCUUCUCGGUAAUCCCUCUGGUGAGGGCAAGCAGCCAUAAGGUGCUGAAAUAAAGGGCAGAGGUGCUGUCUGCAGUUGAAAAACUCUUUUUGUGUUUCUUCCUGCUCCUCCUCUGUCUUCUCCUUUUCAACAGAUUUAUCACUGUGUAUCUACAGUCAUAACAGUGAGGGCUGACAGAGGCUAAUGGCUUCUAACUUUGUCUCUCUGACUGAGGCAUGACACUCUCACAUGGGCCACUGAGUGGACACGUACGAGAGGGGGAGAAAGAGACAAAAGCUGUGUUUGUGUGUCCGUGCAUCCCCCCGUCCUGCCAGCCAGCUGCUGUUAGUGUCGAUGGUGUGCCAAGGUUUGCAAGCUAAGUGCACACCCGCUUGCACAGUUGCACUAACUGAGGGGAGGGGAGGGUGGUUUGUGUUUUAGGCUGACCUAUUUUAACAGAAAGUCCAACUUAUAGUAAACAAAAAAGUGUACUCAUUUUUUAAAAGUUAUUCUCAAAAUGUAUAUUUUUAGAGAUAUAGAAGCUGUAACUGAAUAUAAGAGAAGUGCAGCUUCUGAGUCCACUCACUGUAUUUACAGUGAGAACUAAAUAUGCCUUGUUCAUGCAGUCAUCUGAAGUCAGAAUACAGAAUGACACAGUUAAAAUAGAAUUGACUGACUCCUGUGUUGGAUACUUAGAUGACUAAAAGCUCCAAGAAUAUCAUUUCUAACAUCGGUGCCUUUGUAUACUGCCUUCUUUCAUUCAGGAGGGACAACAGACAAACUCUGUCACUGUUUGUGCAAGUGUUUCUUAAAAUGAAAACCACUGUCUCUGCACAGCCACAGCUCAUGUCUGAUGGCUGUUGAAAAAUGACUUAAAAAACUCUCUACAAUUGAAUAUUCUGGAUUAUUUUGCAACAACAAGGUCCACAUAAAAAAUGCAUGUAAUUCACAAAUAGCGGUCAUUAUCAUGUGUCCAAUUGAAGAGCUUCCUGCAUAGUCUUUGUAAACAGAAUCAGCUGUAACGUUUCCACCGACUUCAGACUGGUGACGAUAUCGCCACAAGCAGCAUAAAAGAAAAAACCUUAGACCUGAGGUCAAAGAAUCUAUAAACAACUUCAAAACCCUCCUCCAUCUCUGCAUCACCCCGUUCUUUUCUCUCACUUUACUGAGGAGGGUAAACAUUUGGAAGUGAUUUUUCCAUUGGCCUUUCACUCAUUCCAUCAUCCACCAUUGGGAGGAACUCUGAAAGCUUCAGCUCACUUUUAGUGGAAGAAAAUGGAAGACCUCUGUUCACCCUUAGCGCUUUACACAAAUCCAUCAGAUUUCCUGCUCAAUCAAAUUCAGUGCCACAGAAAACAAUGCAGUCUAGAGAGUGGCACAGACUGCCAGUCGCCUUGGCUCUGAUUGGACAUUUUUGGGACGAUAAAGCCCUCAAAUUUUAUACGUCAGUGCUGGAAUCCCUUAAUCAUCGCCCAUUGUAAUGUGUUAUUUAGCUAUUAAAUAGAGGAGUUUUAGCUAUCUUUAUACUUACUAUACAUUAAAGUAUCAUUUUCUGAUGUGUUGAGAUAUAAUUGAAAAAAUACAUGUAAUGUGCUUUAAACGCUGUAAUUUUCCCUUAAUGUUAGUUGCCACAAAUGCUAGUUGAUUGUGUAUAGCAGAAAUGGACCAGUGUGUCUUCAUAAACAACUUGGCUAUGACAGCUGGCGAUUGUGAGCCAAAAUGGUUUUAGAAAGCAAGCUGGAAGGCUGAAUGAACUGUUUCCUGCUGUAUAUGAGGGGUGAAGGUUGGCAAGUUAAAAGUCUUUGAUCUUUUAUGAGUGACUGAUUAUUAUAAUUAUUGUUUUUUUUUUUUUACAAAAUCUGUGGAUGAAGCUGCUCUUUCUUUUCCCUGAAGUUAUCAAAGUGUCAUUUCAUUGCUCCCCUUGCUUUAGAUUAAUUCUGCCAAAGUGAAAUCAGGAGAUGCAGCAGGUCACUUGUUUCUAGCUGGCAUGCACUCGCUGAACCUGAUGAAUGUUCUAUUUACUGUGUUUACAUCAGCCGUCUGCUCCUCAGAUGGCCCCAGAAUUUAAGUGCAGUCUUCACAAAGUGGCGUGGCAGACAGACAUUGGAAGGGAGCUCCACCAAUCAUCUCUGACUCAAGUGUCUACACAACCUCAGAGCUGACUUCUGGGAUGUGCUCUGGAGUGAAAGCUGUUUCAACACACUUUGAAGCUUAGAGUAGAGCAUCAAAAGGAACGUAAGUUACGUAUGUAACUACAGUUCUAUGAAUCCUGGAUGACCACCAGAGGCAGUGCUUCAAACACUGAAUGUAUCCAUCUCACGCAUGGGUAGGUCGAGUGUUUAUACCAACAAAGUCACGUUACAGAACAUACGUAACUUUCGUUCUAUUUCAUCCUUACUGAUCGCCAGAGGCGGCGCUUCAAGCACUGGAUGACCCAUAUCAACAAAGUCACAAAUAUUUCCAACACCAACCUCAUUGAGAGGAAACUGCAGAGUCAGGCCACAGAACCACGCCCAAUGGAUGGGGAGUGGCAACAUUCACCCGAUAGAACCUGGCAAAGGUACUUGGCAAUGCCCAUAGAAUAGAGUGGAAUAGUCCUUUAUUGUCAUUGUAACAAGUACAAUGAAAUUAAAUUUAUUUUUUUAUUCAUGCACUGACCGUCUGGCACUUUUGAAUUUCUUUGUUCUUGUUACAUUGACAGUAAAGUACUAUUCUAUUCUAUUCUAUUCUAUUCUGUGAUGCUGCGUCACAGAUGUCUUCGAAGGGGCACACCAUGCAGGGUGGCCCAUGAUGUUGAGACAGCCCUAGCAGAGUUGCACCUCAUCCCUGAUAGAAUGGGGUGACCACUUCUUUUUAUAUGCACGGGUGAUGAUAUCCACAACCCAAUGAGACAAUUGCUGUUUGGAGAGAGCACAGCCUUUCCUAGGACCACAAUAGCAGAGGAAGAGCUGGUCCAACCAUCUUAUAACUGCAGUUGCGGCCACAUAGACUCUCAGAGCCUGCACAGGACACAGCAGUUUUAACCUGUCGUCCCUUUCCGUUGAGGAACAAAUUGUGCCAGGUGAAUAGGUCGGUUGAGGUUCGAUGAUGACAGAACCUUGGGAAGAAAGGUUGUGUUCGGCCACAGGGUAACCCCCAAGCCAUCUGGGUUCCACUUCAGACACGAGUCACUCAUGUCUGAAGUCACAUCACAAGGCUACUAGCAAAGAAGGAAAAUAAUAGUCUGGCUUUAGCUAGCGAGGUGACAUGCAGUUUACCCGCCAAGUGAGAAAAUGAAAAGGAACAGAUCGUCUGAUGUCACAGGAAGAUAUAGACUGACGGGGGUCAUCAGGGGUCACAUGUGACUUUGUUGGUAUAAACACUCAACCUGCCUGAAGCACUGCCUCUGGCGGUCAGUAAGGAUGAAAUAGAAGAGAAACCAGGUGACACCACGGUGAUCGUCAACACAACAAGCAUUUGCCUCAAAUUCAGUUUGAACCUGCAGUUCUUAUGCAGUUUCUUUGAAUAGCGCAUGCAGACAAACUUCAGAAAAAAAGGAAAACUGCACCAGUUUGACACUCUAGAGUUUAAAUCCUGAAUUUCAGCUGCCAAAGAAUCUUAGAUUAGCCCCAGAACACACUUCCCUCAUCUCCCCUGCAUGCACUGGAAAUUUUGUCGACUCCAAGCUAUGUUUGGCUCAACCUUCACAGGUUUCUAUUUGCCUCUGCUACACCUUCCACCUCGUGCUUCACUGCUCUGAAACAGUGAGCGGCUCCCUGUUUCACCGCUUCACAGGGAGGUCUUUUAUACAAAUCCGAGCCUUUCAUUCCCUGCAAGAACAGCCAAGCUUGAAAAGAAGACAGGAGGCCUUUACUUUGUUCUUUGUUAUGCACCAUACUUGAUACAUUUACAGGAGAUGGAAGCCAGAAGUUGCAGAAAAGCAGUUCAUACUAAUUACAGAAGUCUCAGACGGCUGCCCGCUCUGGAUCCUGAGUAGCUGAGGUGCUAAGUCAAGAGCUCCUCUUUCUGAAUCUGCUUUAAUUUUGUCGAUGUGGCCAAGUCUGUUUGAGAGAGAGCACACAUUUGGAUCCACUCACCGGCAGCUAAACAAAGACCACAGCUGUAACACUGUGUCCCAUUAGCGCUGCAUUACAACUUCGCAUUGAAAGCAUGCAUUCUGGCCAUCAGGCUGUUGUCUUACUUCCACUAAUCAGCCGCUGGUAUUUUAAUCUGGCGGGACAUAGGAAACUGCUACUGAGGGACUACCUGAUUAAAGUUUCCCUCUUCUUGAUGUGAUGUAAUUUUGUGGACAUGAAGCCUAAACAUAGGUUUCAAGAGUGUAAACAAGCUGCUCUGAAGAUCUGGAUAGCAGCCUGACUCUUGGACUGGACCGAGCUGUGCUUGGCCAGGGGUUCUCAGUGGAUCCAGCUGGUGUGGGGGCCCCUCUAACUGCUCUGUUUUGGGCUGCUUUCUGCUCUUUCUGUUUGACUUGUUUCGCUGCUGACAGAAUGAUUUGUUUGGGUCCGAAGAGAGUGUUUUAUGAACUUGGCUCGGCUGCAGUCACCUGGCUGUGUUGUCGCUCUCAUUCUGUGUUUUACUGCCUGUUUCAAAGUUGUGCAGUGUUUCGGGUGAAUUCCUCAAGCUUUGAAUGAACCUGUGGAGUGUAACUGAAUUCCUGACUGUCACCUCUGCCUUUGCUAACAUGCGAAGACUGUCUGGGUUGCUUUGACAACUCUGACACUCCAAUUUAUAACGCAUUAAAGGUUCACAGUGAAGCAGAUCCACACUCUGUGGACUCUGGUUUUUCAACAUUUGCACAUGCUGUUACUUGUUACAAGAACUGUGGUUUAAUGAAAAAAGCAUUUUUCAUAGAAGAGUUUUUACAGCAAAGACAAGAUUUCUGGGGCGCUGUUGGCUUGGCAGUUUAGGUGCAUGCCCUCUGUGCACGGUUACUGUUUCUCCUCCUGUUUUCACGCUCUCUGCUCCCCAUGUUUCCUGCUCCAGCGGUCCUGUAGAGCAAAGGCAAAAAUAUAAUGAAAAAUGUUAUAAAAAGAAUGCAAAUUUUUACAUUUGCUUGUACUAUUUCUGUGCUCUAAUGUAUGAAUGGAAUUCGGGGCUCAUGUUAAGCACAUCCUGUUAAAAGCAUUUUCCAGAUCCUUCUAUCAGUUACAGCUGGCUCAUGAUCUGGUUGAGCAGAUUAACCCUCAUCUGUCCAAUGAGCUCCACCACUGAGCUGCUGGCCUGAAAGUGGAGAUGUAGAUGAGGUUUGUGCAGACUUUUAGCACACGAGAGAAACAUUUUUUUUAGACACAAUCAAUCCAAGUAUUCAUGUUUUAUUCAAAAUUUUAUUGUGUAAUUAAAAUAUGCUUGAUCACUUCAGGUUUGACUUUGUAGAUUUUGCACCAAAACAUGAAUUUAGGAUGAUAAGCUAGCCCCGUGUGUUGCGUUUUUUUUACAAGCAUGUGUGCAAGGUUUCUUCUCUUCAUAUGUGACCGCUCUCUGGUGUGCGUGCGUGUGUGUGACUGAUGUGUGCGAUUGAGACUCCUUCCUCUGGUAUCCUGGUGGGAAGGCGAACAGCUGGGCGCUAAGCAGCUUUCACUGUCACAGAAUCUGGACGUCCCAGUCUCUGUCCUACCCACCCCCCAUCCUAUGCCCCCGCCUUGCACCCCCCUACCUCUACACAGCGCCCACUCUGCUCCACAAAAAGAAGUGCCAACUGAUUGCUGUUUACAAAAAAAAAAAAACCUGCACCAUAGACUAUGCACUGCAAAAAAUCUACAAUAACAAUGAAAUGAAAGAUAUCCUAGAAGGCUGUGAUGCUCUAAUAAUGUGAAAAGGGAGUCUGGCUCCUCACUGCAGUUCACAUAUCACAGAAUAAACACAGGGCCUUCAUCACUGUCCAACAACUGUGUGUAUUUCCAACAACUGUGUGUAUUUCCCUCUCUGCUCCUCUUUUGCUCUGCCUCUAUCUCUUACACACACACAUACACACACACACACACACCUCUGGAUAAAUGUGGUCCCAUUCGCCUGUUGGCACAGAGCCAUCUGUCACACACAGACUGAGGGAUCCAGCCCUCAUCCCAACAACCAAAUAUAGUCAACUAGAGCAGCAGAGCACACUGGGACUGAUCCCCACAGUACUACAACCAACCCAUGAUGCAUACUCACAAUACUUUCAAUAACACAAUAUGACAAGCAGAGGCAUCUUUGUAAGAGGUUCACUUCGCUGUGGGCUGAUGUUUUUUAAAGUAUGACUUCAUCCCCUCAUCUGCAUCACCUUCGGUUACUGUACUCUAAACACUGAACUGUAUUUGGUCUCUGUGUUUUUUUCAGAGUGUUGUCCGCUGCUUGUGGCAUCCAAAACUAAACCAGAUAAUGGCGGGGACUGGGAAUGGACUGGCCAAAGUGUACUAUGACCCUGUUAAAAGCCACAGGUAUCCUUUAUCAAUAUCUAUAUCACCUUUUCUACGCAGGUAUGCUUUGUUAUCUUUUAGGAAGAUGUUGACGACAGGUAGGUCAGUUUAGCACCUUUACUACAGAGCCAUGCUAAGCCAUGAAUGUGGUUUGGCGUUGUCCUGUUGAAAUGUGGGAAUGCCUCCCAGAAAAAGGCAUUUUUAGCAUAUGUUGCACCCCCAUACAAUCACAAAUACGGGCUUUUGAACUCUGAUAACAGACCAGGUGGUCUUCAAGUCCACCUCUAAGAAUAAUAGAAAAUCACAUUUUGAUCUGACCACAGGACAGUUUUCCACUGUUGCUUUAUUACUUGAUCUAGAUUUAUGGAUGUAAAAACUGACCCAUGUGGUGAUUUCCACCACAGAGCCAUGUCUGUUUUUAUACCAUUGUAGAUAAUAUAUUAUUCACAGGAGGACAUGUAUAUUUCAAAGUAACAUUUAUAUUUUACAGAAAUCCCCAAACACUGAAUUGCACAUGUAGGAACAUGAUAAUUACACAAAGAGGUUUAUAACUUAAAGGUGCAGACGAUUGUAAAAGGAUCUUUAUUUUCAUAGUUUAAUUUAAAAAGUCAACUUUCAUUUAUUAUAUUUUUAUUGUAAGUGAAGUGAAAUACUUUAAUACAUUUUUGUCUUAAUUUUGAAGUUUUUUUGCUUGUGGAUCAUGACAGUCAGAAACCCAGUUUUUUCAAUUUGAUAUAAAUUCAUGUCCAGCUUUUGAAAAGUGUGUGCAUUUUUACCCUCAAUACUUUGUUUAAAGACUUAAUGAUCAUCAUCUGGAUAAAUGUCAAGUCAGCAGUCUUGAUUGUGUUGACUGAGUUGGUCUAAGAGGUGCACAGUAUUUAUCCCAUUUCAGAAGUAACUAAAGUGGUAUUAGGUGUGUUUGUUUGACUUGAAAAUUAGGAAGACCUCACCCUGGAUCUUUUUUUUCCUAUUUCUUUGUAACUGUUUUCUUUUGCAGCAUUUGUAACUUCCUGACUUUUGUUUCAGAGGGGCUAAGCUGUGUGUGGUGAAGAGCCAGAGGAAAGAGAAACAAGCAGAGACGCUGACACAAGAUUACAUCAUCACACGUAAGUUGAUCUGCACCUGAGCGCGCGACACAAACACACGGAUAAAAUACUAAAUCUGUGACUGACAGAAUUCGCCUCAGAAUAUAAUUUUCUGUCUACUUCCUGCUCUUUUGCCUCGUCUUGCUCGGUGGACAUUAUUUAACCAUUAAAGAGUUUUUAGAGCUUUUCCAGGGAAGUGCUUUUUCGAACCCAGCCAGCUCUCUAAUCCACCUUGAGUCACUGUUUACAUGCUACCUCUUGCUUAAUUCUUACACAAAGAAACAUGCAAACACACUCUAUUUCAUACCCGGGACUUUGCCAGCAGUUAGUUCUUCAGUGCUUUCACAGGUCCAUUAGCUGAUGGAGUAGGGUGUGGAUGAGUGGAUCAGCAGCCUCAGGGCGCUUAGCCACGCGGCGGCCAUGUGGUUCACAGUCACGCCGGAUCACGCCAGGGACAGCCAACUCUCCCACUUCUGCUUGCGUGAUCUCCUCCUGCUGGUUCACGCCAUCACAUCUCUUAACACACGAGGCUGUCAUCUCUUCUCUGCGUGCUCCUCGUUCCCUUCACCCCCAAGGCUGAAGUCAUGAACCUAGAUGAACGGAGCAGCUGCCGAUACCUCACCUCUGAUUGGCUGCAAGGACCCAAUUCGAACUUGAUUCAUUGUUUGGGCCACUGAUGCGUCAUGUGAUUUCACUGCCAUGCCAACAAGGUGUGAAGCAGGCAGGAGUUCAGGCCACGAGCGGCAAGUGACGCAUUUGAUGCUCCGGCGCUGGAAAAUUAGAGGGUACUGGACGCGAGUGACGGCCCAUUGAGAAAAGCGAGGGAAUCUGUUAACAGUAACCUUUUUGCUUAAUGUAGCGUGGAGGGAGAAGAAUUAACAGUGUGCAGUGACAGGACCCCUGAAUGGAAAAUCACUCUAUCUAACCCUUUACUAAAGUGUCUCUUUGCAACCCCUGAGGAUAAGAGCAGAGCACACACACUCUCUCCUUUUCACACACCUUCGAGGGCACUCAUUCAUGCACACGAUCACUCACGCACUCAUAGAUUUAAGUGCUGCAGGCCUUUAUUGUGAUAGAGUUCACAAAAGUGUGAAGAGUAGCCGAGAAAUAGUCUGUAAGUCAACAUGGGAUAUAAUGAAUAUGUUAAUGUGCAGCAUGCCAGGGAAAGUAAGCAAGAGACGGGAUGCUACCUGAGGUCAGCAGGUGCGUGUGUUUUAGCACGCUGUUGUAGUACUGCAGGUGUUGACAUUCAGUUUGGAAACCCUGCUGAAUGUCAGCUGUCUUCAUGCAGCAGAGCAGUACUGUACCAAUGCUAAACACAAACAUAUUGCCAGGUGCCCAGCCUGCUUAUUUGUGUGUCUGUGUUUUGUGAUCAUGCAGUUUGAGUUACCUAAGCAACUCGAUUAUCCUUGUUUGCCCUUCGUGUCUCCAGCUCAUGCCUUGCCCAUGUUCAGAGAGGCCCGGCAGCGGAGUACACGCAAACAGCUAGAGAAGGACCGGCUGGACCCAAAGAAAUCCCACAAACCAGAGCCUCCAGUUUCCGGACCAGGUAAAAUACAUUUUACACAACCCUUCUUUUUGCUUCUACAGGCCCCAAAAAUGAACCUCUAAAAAUGGAAUUGCUGAAAAAAGCAGCAGCCUCUGGGGGGUAAGAUUGAGUUACAAUGACCUAAUAAACAACAACAACAAACAUACACUAUAAUCUGAUAUUUGGACAUGGUUACAUCUUCACAGCGUGUCAUACUUAAAACUGGAUGAAUGCCUGACCCUAUUUGAGGCAAACAUCCACAGUUGUUGAUGUGUUGGGGAUUGUGCAAUCCAGCUGGAGUCAUGUGCUAAACCAGCACCGCUCCAACUUGGCCUUUCACAGACUUUUUUUUUUUCUACUGUUGAGACAUCAUGACAUAUUUAACUUCUGUCUUGAACCACUUUCUAAAACGCACCAAACGAGUGCGUGAUAACGAGUCAGGUACACUUGAAACAAUUCAAAAAGCUCGUUUCUGCUUGAAUUAUUUGUUUAUUUAUUCAUUUGUCGCUAAUUUUGAAAUUUGUUCCCUUUUUUUCUAGGAACUUAAAUACUUUAUACUUAAAUACUAUUUUUUUUAAAAUAAUUUUUAAGAACUUUUUUAUAGACAUUGCUGGAAACUGUUAUGAAUGCUUAUUUACACCCGUAAGAUGUUUUCAAAGCCUCAUAGAUAGAUUUGGAAAGCUUUAUGACUACGUUUUUGGUGCAUUAUAAGAGGUGGGUUAAUAUAUUGUAUGUUUACAACACUCAACUCAACUCAACUUUAUUUGUAAAGCACUUUAAAACAACCACAGCCGAACAAAGUGCUGCACAUAAAUAGACAAAACAAUGCAGACAUCAAAAAACAAUCAAAAAACAAUUUAAACAAUAGAUCAAAUAAAAGCAAAUAUUAGAAAGUAAAAUACAGUUUAAAUGUUUUUUAAAACUAAUUUAAAAACAAUAGAAACAAAUAACUAAAAACAAACCAUAACACAAAAUCAGGAGUAGAGUCUCUUGCAGGGUUGAAAGCCAAUGAAUAAAAAUGUGUUUUUAGACGAGUUUUAAAAACACUCGAUAAGUGUUUGUGAAGCAAGGACACUGAUUGUUAAAGCUUUGGAGGGAAAUUCUUUCACAUUCUUGCUUGAUGUACGGCUUCAGCUGCUCAACAGUCCGGGGUCUCUGUUGUGAUUCUUUUGCGCUUCAUAAUGCACCACACAUUUUCAAUGAGAGACAGGGAGACAGGUCUGGACUGCAGGCAGGACAGUCGUGUACCAGAACUCUUUUACCAUGAAUUCACUCUACUGUAACACAUGCAGAAUGUGUCUUGGCGUUGUCCUGCUGAAAUAACAUGAACAUGUUCAGGGCAUCAAAUUCAAAAUGAGUGAAUAUUUGCCAAAAAAAAAUAAUACUAAUAAUUAACAUCAGUUAUCUUAUCUUUAGUGUGUAUUCAGUUGAAUGUAGAUGGAUAAGGAUUUGCAAGUCAUUGUAUUCUGUUUUUAUUCGCAUUUUACGCAAUGUCCUGACCUCAUUGGAAUUGGGGUUUGUCAAAACAAUCACUGCCCAGCCAUAUGACAUCAUUUAGGAUACGUAAAAAAGGAGCAUGUAUGGUUUUGUAUAUAAGCAUAAAAACAUGUAGAGACUCAGAGUGAUGGAAAAAGACAGAAAAAUGUCUGAAAAUGAACUUGAAGCUCUAUUUCUUUAAAAUAAGUUUGACUACUUGACAGCAGCUCAGCGGUUCUCAGAUGACAGGCUGUCUUUAUAUUGUUUAUCCUCUGAGCAGAAUGUCUUUGCAUAAGUGCAAGGUAAUGUUUGGUGGUUGGCUCCAUGCUUACAAGCAAUGGAAAAAAGGUGCCUCACAAUCGCCUAAACAACUUCCAAACUCACAACUGCAGCAGGAAAUCCCUCUGCGUUUGGAAAUGUAUAUUUAGGUGUGUGCCGAUGUAUUCAGAUAUCUUAAGACAGGCGUAACAAUGGCCUCUCUGGAAGGCAGAGGGUGAUUUUCUCCAAAAGCUCCAUGAAGUGUAGUCAGGUUCAGCCAACAAAAGAAGGUCCUGAACCACGGCACAGAGCAGUGUUAUUGACGAAGCUAUGUGAAGCUACAAAACAUAAUAUAGGAAUGCAACAUAUCUCUACUGAAAAUCUUAAAUUUACAAAGUUCUUUGAUGCAAAAUCCUGAAAAGUAAAGUGAGUUCACUGAUGAAAACAGACAAAUUAAGACACACAUCUCUUUGUUGCUUUUGGGACCAGAAACCCAAAAUCAACAAAAUACUGUACAUGCGGUAUGUUCAGAUUGUUCCCUUGGAGCAGGUGUAAUAAUGUCCUUUACAGUACUGUACUCAUAAGACUUUCUAAUCUUGUAAUAACGUGUCCCGACAGGCCGUGGAGGACGAGUAGCAGCUCACGGCGGCACCCUGUCGUCGUUCAUCGUGAAGAACAUCGCCUUGGAUAAAACCGACGACAGUAACCCACGAGAGGCCAUCCUACGCCACGCCAAGGACGCUUCAGAGAACCCUUACUGGGUCGCCCCGGCUUACACGCAGUAAGAAAACCACAUACCGUCAUUUGUUAAAUGAUGCAUCAUUUACACCCUCACUGUUCAUGUCACAUUUAUCCCCCACAUGCUCAUCUCUCGCAUCUCAUUAGCGCACAGUGUAAGACGAGCACCAGUGGCGUUAAUCAGGGUAUUGUGUCGGUACUUGGGUUUCUUCCUCUCGGUGUGACACAUGAAUGUUUGAAGAGUUGAACAGUUUUACACGCUUCAGACUGCAGGAAGUAGAGUGAGUAAUGGACAGCUUUAGAUCCCUAUCAGACUCAGACAGCUCUGUCAGCGCCGGGUGCCAAAUCAAACAGUCUGCUUCUCGUUACGCAAGAAGAAAAACUAUUUUUAAAUCGAAGACUCUAUUGAUAUACGUCAUUAUAAAUCGAAUUGUUUCAGCCUGGUCGCUUGACUAUCAAGGUUCCUUAUGAUUGGAUGGGAGUCAGAUUAAACAUCACAGUAUUUCUGCUAAGAAGCCUAAUAAAACAGAUCUACAUUUGGUUUAAGUUUCAGUUUUUCUGCUCAAAUUCUUUCCCCCCUGAGUACUAAUAUUACAACACUAACCAUCUAAGAGCACACAUGUCUUCACAGCUGUCUUCUGGGUUCAUCUUUAAUUUGCAGUUAGUGUCUUCAUUCUGAAUUUCUUGGAAAAACGCUCCACUCCUAACCUCUUUUCUGUGACUCCUCUCAGCACACAGCCAGAGCCAGUGUUUGCGGAGGAAUCCGAGGAAGACGAGGAGGCUGACAAGGAACCAGAGUGGAAGAAACGCAAGAUCUGAGCUGCUUCAACAGCAGUUUUUUUUUUUGUUACUAUACAUAUGGGAUCGCUGACAGGGUGGGCUUGCGGUUAAAUUAAGAGCCUCAUAACCACAAGUUCUCAGACUCGAUCUCAGAACACUGAGUGACUGUAAGAAACCGUGCAGACGGGCAUCAAUUAAAUUACUUAACUGCACAACCUGUCCUUCACCUCCACUUUUUGAGCGCACAUGUAUUCACGUGCAGGAUUUUGUGUUUUGUGGGUAGCAUAGGCAUUUUUAUGAAACAGGCAUAACAUGUUUUUACACAGGUUUCUGCUCUUUCAUUACGAUCCAUCAACCGCGGGAAGACCUUGGCUUUUUAUGUCUGUUUAGAUUAUGCAUACUUUAUUUUCAUCAUUUCUAUUGUCCUCUCCUCCCACGGCCCUGGAGUUUGCUAAUUCCUCAUAAAUCAGCUCCAGAUUUUGUGGUCUGGUUCUGUUCAUCAGCUAUGGAGAACAGUUCACUCCAUCGUACCGAGUAGAUUAUGAAGACUUAUAAAAAAGGGGUUUUAUCAGUUUCCAAAACUGCACUUUGUUGGAUGUGAUAAACAAAACUUCACUCAGCCAGCAGCUAAUUUAGCUUUUUUUUUUUUUUUUUUAGCAUUUUGUCUCCCACCUCAACAAUCUAAAUAAAAGAAUUUGUAUUGUCUUGUAAA